GCAAAGCUAAACGGUCGCUCUGGAGCCUUCGAGUGGUAACGGGGUCCGAGUGCAGAACUACAUUUCCCAGCGGGCCUCGGGCUCAGGGGUCUCUUUAUCCCGGCUGGGACUCCAGAGUCGCCCCUGCCCCCGGCACUGCUUUUCAAAAUGUCCAACAAAGACUCUUGUGGAAAAACAGAGACAUCUCAGAGAAAAGACAUCACCUCAUUAUCCAACUUUGAUGAAGAAGAUAAGAAAGAUAAAAGGACCUCGGCAAGUUCUACGAGUUCAUCUUCCUCUAGAAGAUAUGGUUCAUCAGAGAAGAGAAAACUGAAAUCAGAUCAUAUAGACAUUCCGAACUGUAAUAUAAAAAGAAGACAAGAUCUGAAAAGGCCAAAUGUAGACCCUGACAUUCCAAGAAAGAGACCAAAACUCACUUCGUCAUCCCAAGGACCUGUUACACUCAAAGAAGCAUCAUAUUCUAAUGAUAAUCAAAUUAUUUCACAAAGUCAUUCUUCAGGUGGAGCUAAAAGACAUAAGAGUAAAUGUGUAGAUUUGAAAGUGAAAGAUAUUAAACCGACAAAUGUUAGGAGUAACCUUGACCAUGGAAGUAAAAACCAUAGCAGUUCUAAAAUUGCCAAAGAUGUGAAACCUGAAGCCGAAGGCCAGGCCGGUGAAAGAGCGUGGCCUCGUGUACUUGCUCAGAGGGAGAAGAUGAAGGAGCCUAGGAAAGAAAGGCACAGUAAAUAUAGAGACAGUUCUGAAAAACGUGCUGUGGAAAAAGGCAAGAGAAUUCAAUUUUCUCAGGAUUAUAAUUCCAACAAGAUAAUUAAAGAACCCUGUGACUCCAGAAGAAGGAAAGUCAGUUUCAAAAUUCCAGUAAAAUCUCACGAUCCCCAUCAGAAACUUGUAGAAGAAAAUGUUUUCCUUUCAGAUUCCAGCAAGUCAAGAACUAAGCAGAAGAAAAAAGGGCGCCUGGAAAGCUUUCAGGGUCCAUCAAAUUUGAUGAGGCACAAAAGUAAACAUUUAUUUUCAGAUUCUACUUAUAAGCAUAUGGUUCAUGAGUGGAGAGGAAAAUCUCAUCAUGAGCAUCAAGAAAGUAAUGAUUCAACUUCAAGUGAAAACCUGACCCAGAUUUUUGAAGCACGAUGCUCUUCAGUGUCAUAUGAAAUUAUUCAAGAUACAGAUGAAGAGAUGCAGAUAGUGGAAGAGCUUCACGCUGCACGUGUGGGGAAAAGUGUGGACUUGCCUGUGGUUCCCCCUCCUGGAGAGCUGUCCAGUAUGGAGAUCGACUUGGUGGAAGACGAUGUGCAUUGCUCUGCUGCAAAUACAGCUUCAGACAAACAACUUCUAAUUGUUAUUGAUACAAAUAUUCUGAUGAAUCAUCUCAAAUUUGUUAGAAUUUUGAAGACAACAGAAAUCCCAGGCUUUGACAGGCUCGUGUUAAUAAUUCCCUGGGUUGUGGUACAAGAGCUAGAUCGUAUGAAGGCAGGAAAACUACUGAAAUAUGCCCAGCACAAAGCCGUACCUGCGGUCCGUUUUAUCAAUGACAGUCUCAGAGAUCAAGAUAAAAAACUAUGGGGUCAGUCCAUACAACUUGCAUCUCAGAAACUUUAUGGAUUGAGUGAUGAGAACAAUGAUGAUCGAGUAUUAAAAUGCUGUCUUCAGUACCAGGAAUUAUUCCCUAGUUCUCUUGUUAUUCUGUGCACGGAUGAUAGAAAUUUAAGAAACAAAGGCCUAAUAAGUGGUGUGAAGUCACUCAGUAAAGAAGAAUUGAGUGCCGAGUUCUUAAGCUUGUCCCCGAGCACAGCUGUGUGUCAUCAGUCUUGUGUACCUAAGCAACAGUUGAAAGCAGAAGCAACACCUUUGGGAGAGAGUAAUCAGGAAAAAUCUACAAAUUCGGGACUACUCAUUCUACUUGAAAGCAUAGUAUCUGAUCUUGAAAAAUCUCUUGGAACAGCUUUAUCUUCAAUAUUAGAAACAGAAAUGAAAAUCGCUUUUGGAAACCUCUGGAUGGAGAUGCUGUACUUGAAACCACCAUGGACUCUAAUGCAUUUAAUACAGUGCUUUAAAAAACAUUGGUUGGCUGUAUUUGGAUUAAUUAUGGAAAAGAACUUGCUUUUAACUGUUGAGAGCUUAUAUGAAAAUCUCUGUAAAGCUAACAGUGCAGUAGAUUUUACAACAGUGAAAUUCCUGCUCCAGGAUUCUCAAAGCCUGUUACAUGCCUUCAGUACUCGGUCAAAUUAUGAUGGUGUUCUUCCACAGGCCUUUGCUCAAGUAAACACACUACUUCAAACCUUUGCAGAGGCCAAGGCAAAACUUAAUCAGAAUGCUUCAGAAAAGACAGCAGGUAAAAAACAAGAAGCUAAUUCUCCAGUGAAGUCUAACAACCAAGAAAUCACCAUUUUCUCAGGUUCUCAUCCACCCCAACCCAACAAGCAUCAAGAAAUCUGGUCUGUUUUAGAGAGCGUUUGGAUUACAAUAUAUGAGAACAGCACAGAUGUGUUUCAGAGAUUGGGCUCAAAUUCAGCUCAGACCUCCUCAAAAAUAGCAUCAUUUGAAGAAGCGUUUAUCUACCUUCAAAAGUUAAUGGUAGCUGUGAAGAAUAUUCUUGAAGGAAUUCAGAGGAUUUUGGUCCCCAACAGUAGUUAUCAAGAUGUUGAGACUCUCUAUAACGUCUUAAUCAAGUAUGAGGUAAAUGAAAGUGUCAGAUUUACUGCCCAGGAGCUUUAUGAUUGUGUUUCACAGACUGAGUAUCGACCCUUUGAAAGAGGCCGACCAUCCUCGGACCAUGUUUUGAAGAACAGCUGGUGUACAGAACACACAUGCCUCCCUUUCCGCUGACAGAAGAGACCUGCACCCAUUUCUAUUUGUGUUCUCUCUUCCAUCCUCUCGAGUGAUUUUGUGUUUAUCAUUCUCAACCUGAUCUUUAUGGUUUUGCUGCAUAUUAUUACUUAAAAAUAUGUGAAUUAAAUUGCACCUGUUUUUUAACUUAGUGGAAUCACUCUGUAUAUAUUCUUUAAACAAAUAAUUUGGUUCAUAGCAUUCAUAUGUAAUAAAAAAGGAGUCUAUAUCUGAUUUUUGUAUGCAGAGAGAGGGUAUAGGCCUAACGCUGGGCCCAGACGAACCCUGAGGAGCAAAAAGUCCAUUUACUCAACCCAUUCAGUGUUGCCCUCCAGUCUCACACCCCCUGCCCCUCCACCCCACGCUGUCUUGUAAGUCAGCAGUGAGAUUCGCCUUGUGGGGACGUGGAGCUGGGGGUGGUUUACAGUCCCGUCAUCACGUGACGUGUGUGUUCCUGUCGUCACCCCUGCGCUGUGCAGAAUCACGCAGCGAAGAUCACGGGGCUCGUGAGAACAAAUGGGUUGGGGCGUGUCACUCAAAAACCUAAUCAGGAGUGCAUUAAAAAAUCAAAAUGAUAUCACAGAUUUACACAUGUUCAAUAGUUAGGAAGUACAUAAAUGCUAUAAUAAAAUGGACACUUGACCUUGAAAAAGAGCUGGGAUUGCUCGUGGAAGUGGUCGUUGGAAGAGCUGCAGCUGGUCGGUUCAUGUGAUGUGCUGGGGGAGGGACAUCUGAAAUUGGAUGUGAGGCUGCAGCACCAGGUGUGAGUGGAUGUGGCCUACAGCCACAGGAAGCUCAGGGAGCCGGUGCAUUUCUGAGGUGUGUGCAUGAGUGUGUGUUGUAUGUCCCUAAGCAGCUUGGCUCAGCUGGGUGCAGUUUUCUCUGCUCACCUAGCAUCUCUCACUGCUGAAAUUACAUGUGAAAAAAUGUGAAACUUGUGUUAUGUGCUCAAAUUGUUCUUGAAUAUAUCAGUGUAGUUGGAACAAAUCUGUGUGUGUGGAACAGGCACUGUAGCAGAACUGUCUGUUUUUCCACUGCUGGGUAAUAUGCCCAGUCACUGGAACACAGUCACUCAGUCACUGUUUAUUUGCUGUUGGUACUGUGCAAAUACACCUGUGUUGCAACGGAAUUCUGUGUACAGGUUCAGGGACAGGGUUGACAAUCAAAGCGCUUCUGUUAAAACUCUCAAUUGAUGAAUUUAUUUGAUGAUCAAGACACUAGGAUUGAUAAUCAUACACAAAUGUUACUAAGCAGUACAGCUGUGAAAGUGCGCUCAUUAGAAUCGAAGAAGUUUUCCAAGAAAACCUGAAGCCAGUGGGCCUGCAUGAUGUUGUUCCUGGUGGCAAGAAUGAUUUUUUACUGUCAUCUGCAGACUAUCAAUUAAUCAGUUGUACUCUUAUUUAUAGAUCUUUAUAGACAGCUUAUACUUGAAGGUCGUGUACAUGAGAUCUGUGUAAAAAAUAGUGUCUCAGCCUCAGCCAUGCGUUCAGAAGCGUGGAAAGCCCACUCUAGAUAACCUGGAGGGCUGAGUCCCUUGCAGGAUGGCUCACAUGUCUAAAUUAUUUCAAGUUCAACCUACUGUUGGAAUAAUUGGGGAGGGGUUUUUGGAGGGGGGGUGGGAGGUGGAGAGGGGGUAGGGGUCAAAGUUGAAUUUUCAGAGUUAAAGCAGUUGUACCUGUUUUUGUCUCCUUUGUUUUCUUUCCACCUACAAUCCCAGGGGUUUGAACUAUGGUAUUAACAAGCCCACUCUUAUACCCAGAAAGGUGAUUUUGAAACCAAAUAUAUAAUAUCUUGAAUGAGUUGAAAAAUGGCAAUUGCUGUUCAGCAGGCUUUUGAUUCAUAGCUUUUAGAUUUGUUAACCUGCUGUUCGUUUUGGAACUGUUUGCCCCGUUCACAGUGAACGGUGUCUCCUGUGUUGGCCUCCCGUAUCGUGCCCAGCUCACGGUUUCCAGACAAGCUGCCAAGAGAGACCUUCUUUUGGUGUCAGUGGUUCAUGUCAGACGCAGGGUUAAACGCAGUACGUAGAGGGUGUUAGCGUUUUCCUGUGGUCCGGAGGUGCAGAGGAGUGGUUGAACUUUCACAUAGCUGGCCGCAUUUGGCAAUGUUAAGAAAAGCAAUUACUUAAAGUGUCUGAAUUUCCUGUUCCUUGGUUUUUGUUACACAGUGUUAGUUGUGAGGAAGGACAUAGUUCAUGUGCCCGACACCAUAUUUAUUGCAGUAGGGAUGUAAUUAAAUAGCUGAAGAACAUACAACUUCUUUAUAGGUCUGAUAAAGCAGGAAAUUAAGGUUUUACAUUGAAAGUGGCUUUGAUCAAGAGUUGAAUUCCAUGGCACUGGGGAACCUUGGUCUUCACACUAUGAACUGGUUAGUGUCCUGCCUUCCAUAGUUUGUAGACUCUCUGACGUGGCGUUUGGUCUUACUGUACACCCUGAGCAGAGGAGGGGUUGCCUCAGAGAACGCAGAUGGUAAAUUAAUGAGAUUGUCAGACAGAUACCAGACACAUAUAUCUUGUGUGAUAUCUUUUAUGUGUAUGAGAAAUAAGCUAGAAGUGUUUAAUUCACUUUGCCCUGUAAGUUCUUUGAGAGAGUGUUCUGGCAUGUUUGCGCAGCGAGUCCCUAAGGUCAUUUCUUCUACACAAAAUGCAAACUAGUUGUAACAGCAGCCUUGUAAAGUACCUGGCAUAUCCAGCUAAUAUGCUGCCUAAGAAGGUACGUGUACCAGAAGCUUUCCUUCCCUGUGGCAAGUGCUUUCAGGAGUGAGUGCUUCCUAACCCCCAGAACCAGCUCCCCAGUAACGGCUUUGAGGUUGUCUUUGAGCUGUGGUUCCUGGACCCCAGGGUCAACGUCAGUCACCUGGGGACUUGGAAGAAAUGCAGACCUUAGGGCUCUGCCCUAGACCUCCUGAAUCAUCAAGUCUGGGGGUAGAGCCCAGCAAUCUAUUUUCCAGUCCCUCCAGGCCACGCCGAAGUUUGAGAACCCCUGUGUCCAAGAAGCCUCGACUGAAAAAAAGCCUUAGAGAAGAAGAAUCUAGAACUCAGAUUUAAGACCUUUGAUGUUUCUGCUUUAAGUAGAAGAGAAUUACAUUAUUUAUGUCUCUAGGUGCAGUAAUACUUUGCAGUAAAUUUGACUUCAUUAUUUGUGAUAGAAGAUAAUGUAAAAUAAAAGUAUGUACUUUUCUUAAUUGAGGUAAAAUUUCUGUAACAAAAUUAACAACUUUAAACUGUACAGUUCAGUGGCAUCGGGAGCAUUCACUGUGCUGUGCAGGUGUCCAACCUUUAGGCGUCUCUGGGCCACACUGGAAGAAGAGUUGUCUUGGGCCACACAUUAAAUGCACAAACACUAAUGAAAACUGAUGAGCAAAGAAAAAGGUCCCUGCAUAAUUUACAAUUCUGUGUUGGGCCGCAUUCAUAGGCAUCCUGGGCUGCAGUUACGUGGCUUUACCUGGCAGCGUCCGUCGGGGAGCGCUGCCUUCCCCACCCCAGAUUCGGAGCGCAGCCACUGGGCUGCAGCCUUGGCCGGGUUAGGGUUGGGGUGUGGGCUGUGCUCGGACCCUAGUCCCUGGGCAGCCAUGCCCACCCCUGUACCUGCAUGCCAAAUGCAGGCAGCUUCCUUGGGAGGCCUCCUUUGGAGGCUUUGCCUGAAGCACUUGUGCAGAGAUCUCUUUCUGGAGGCCUAGCCUGAAGUGUUUUUCUCCCCCCUCUCAUUCUGUAAGUUGUCUUUUCCCUUUCUUGAUAGUAUCCUUUGAUGUACAAAGUUUUUAAUGAUUUUUUGAGAAAGAGAUUUGUUUAAUCAUAUUUUAUGUAUGCUUUGCCGCAAAAUAACAUUGCCAGAUAAGAAACCAGACAAAAUAUCAAAGACACAAAGAGCAGAAGAAUCUUGGAACUAAACGCUGCAAAGCUAUUCAGUGUCACACUGAGCAGGUGCUUGGGGCGAGCACCCGGGAGGCAGAGGGGAAGCACACUACAGUCACCGCACCGGGACUGAGUUGUAUCAGAAGUGCUGCUGGAUUAUUUGCGUAUUUGCUUUAAAACAUGAAUUGUUUAUACUGUCCCAAAGGGACAAAACAGAAUUUUUUGCUGAGUAAAUUACAUAGGUUCUUGCGUUUUUAUUUUUACUUAAAAUUUUUUAUUUUUUAGUUACAGUUGAAAAGUUUGCAAUUUUGGUAACAUCCAAUUUGUGCAGUUUUUUCUUCUGUUGCUUGGGCUUUUGGUGUCAUAUCUAAGAAUCCAUUGCUGAAGCCGAGGUCAUGGAUAUUUACCCCAAAGUUUUUCUAAGAAGUUUAUAGUUUUAACUCUAACGAAUCUCAUUGAUUUGUUUUGAGUUAAUUUUUGUGUAUGGUGUGAGGUGUGGGUUGAACUUCAUUCAUUUGCUUGUGGACGUUGAGUUGUCCCAGCACCAUUUGUUGAAGCUACUCUUUCCACGUUGCACGGUCUUGACACCCUUGUCGAAAGUCAGUUGACUGUGUGUGAGGCAACUUUAUGUCUGGUAUUUCAGUUCAGUUCCACUGGUCUGUGGGUCUGUCUUUGUGCCAGUACCACUGUUUUGGUUGAAGUUAUUUAGGGUAAGUUUUCAAAAUUGGGAAGUGUGAGUCCUCUAACAUUAUUUUUCUUUUUCAAGAUUUGGCUUUUGGGGGGGUCUUUUAAAUUCCAUGUAAAUUUUAGUAUCAGCCUUUCCAUUCCUGCAAAAAAGACUUGGGAUUUUGACAGGCAUUGCAUUAAGUAUGUUGAUUGUCCCGGGGUCUGUUACCAGCGCAUUAAGUUUUUCAGUCUAGGAACAUGGGACGCCAUUAAUUUAGGUUUUUUAUUUCUUUUGGCAAUGUACUAAAGUUUUUCGUGUACAGGUCUGUGCCUCUUUGCUUAAGUUUAUUCCUCAGUAGUUUGAUCUUUUUCAUGUUAUUAUAAAUGGAAUGUUUCCUGCCAUUGUUACUUCCUUUUCAAAUCGUGAAUUACUAGUGUAUAGAAAUGCAACUGAUUUUUUGUGUUGAGCUUUUUGCAGUGUUGCAGAAACGGUUUAUUAGCUCUAACAGUUAUUUUGUGGGUUCUAUAGGAUCUACAAUUUUACUUCUUUAUUUACAAUCCAUAUGCCUAUUUUGUAUGGGGGGAGGGUUAUUCCGUGUAGAACUUCCAAUACUAUGUUGAGCAGAAAGGAUGUGGGCAUCCUUGUCCGGCAUACAUUUCAAAUGUAUGCCAAAGUGCAGAGAGUUGUAAAACAAAUACCCAUUUUAGACUUUCCUCAUUGUACCUACAAAGAAUUUUGGAAAAAUUGUAUCAGAAAUUGGAAUUAGGUCACUUGAAUUCACCACUACCAUUCCAUUUGGACAAAAUUAGUCAUGGAAAUUAAUCAAAUGAUGGCGUUUUGGGGUUGGGUUUUUUUUUCAUUGAUUUAAACUUUUUUUCCACUUAUUUUGAUCUGUUGGCAGAGCUCUCAAUACGCGGCAUAGAAUCACAGAACUGGAAGCCACCUCCAGUCUUGAUCUCUGCUCCAGAAAGGGUUUGGAAAAAAGAAAUAGGAUCACUCUGAGACAAAAUAUUUGUUCUGUUGGAGGACAAAGGGAUAAUGAGUUUGUUUUGUUUUAAGAUUCAGGUCAGAUCACUGGGGUUUUUAGGCCCAGCAUAAAGGAGGGACUUUUGAGCAACUAAGAGACAUCAAAACAUGUAGUGAGUGGACUGCCUCUCACAGCCACGCCUGGUGAGAUGAUUUAUUGCAGAAUGGCAGGCAAAGGUGCUUAGGUGACCUCACGCUUACUAUUCUGUCUUUGUACAUAUAAGCCGUGGGCAGAAGGAACUCAAGAAUUCCUGUCAUUGUACUCCAGGAUAGACCAAAUAUACAAGAUGAAAAACACCUGAUACUUCCCUAGUCAGCAAUGACAGCUUGCUGCAGGAAACAGAAUCUGCAGGUGACUUACAAAUAAAGAGACCAAAUGCCACAGGGAUGAGAAGAGCAGAGGAACUCACCUUAUAACUGUGAGAGGAGAAGGCAGGAAGAAAAGACACAAAUCUUAAAGUCUAGUUACCAAUGGAGCAGUUCUCAUAUGUAGAAUAAUCAAGAACAGCAAUAGGGACGCGUUGCAUUUUUAAAUUUGAAGAAAACUUCUCUUUCAUUUUGGAUCUCUGGGGGUCCUCCGGAAAUCAUUUUAUGAGCAGUUGUGAAGAAUUGGCAGCAACGUAACACCAAAUUUUAAGCAAUCCAAGUAUAGAAAGCAGGACUACAGUAACACAAAGCCGAAAGUCAGGUUUUAGUCAGCUUCACACACACCAUACAUCCUCAGGACUCGAGGCCACUCAGAAUAUGGUGCAUUUACUUCUGCUGCCGCCACUGUUCCCCAGCCUGUUCGUUCCCUGAGUACUGAUUGCCUUUGUUUUCCUUUGUAACCCACAUGAGGCAUCCGUGGGGGCCGGGGUGGGCAGGGAGAGGUAGCUAGUGAUCUUCCCCAAUACCAUGGAGAUGGCUUGGAGUGAUCAUAGAAGCCAAGGAAGUAAUAACUCAUUUACGUAAUAAAAGUAACUGUCAUUUCUUGAAUACCUAAUGUGCCAGACGCUGUGCUAGAUGCUGGGUGUUCUUCAUGAACUUAUAUAGGUGACUUCCUAGUACAUUUAAAUAGGUUCCAAUGGGAUCUGGACUCUGUAGACACUUGAGAGCCCACAUAGGCUUCAGCUCAGGUAAAAUUAUGCAUAGGCAUGGCAUACAUUGGUCAUUACUCUCUGCUUCCACCUCCGCUUAGAGAUGCUCUGUCAACGUCCUAUCCCCUCUCUAGUGUGCUGCCGGCAGGAGGUGCAUUCUCUUAUAUCCUCCAGCCUACCUGUUCUUUAACUCCCAAGCUAAAUAAGACAAAAAAUGUGAUCUACACCCGCUCCCCAGGCCUUGCUUACCCCUCGGAUCAAAACGUGGUCACACCAGCCCAACUCCUGGGGGAGGUCCUUCAGAGGCCACACAGGGGACUGUGUUUAAGCCUCCAGCUUUGCCUGUUGGCAGCAGGUUUGCCAUGAGAACCCAUACUCCUGAAUUCAAGGAACUGCAUCACGAUCUUCGUGUUGACUGAGAACUAGUCUAAGUGCCUAUUAUCCUCCCGUGUUUUGUCUGUGCUAAGAAACCGUAACUCUUGGUAUUUUUCUCUCUCAAAUAUCAAAGAAUGUGUUUCACACCCCAGUGCCAUCCUGUUGUGUUAAGAUGUUUUCACUUACCUGGCAGGCUGGUGCAGUGACGGACGUUUCUUCCCUAGGGAAAGGUUAACCAUCGGCUGCCGCCAGCUGGAGGAGCUGGAGCGCGCCAUGCAGCAGUGCCACGCCUCUGUGUACCCAGAGGCCAGAAACAGGGGGUGGUGUGAAGACAUGCUCAGCAACGGGACCGGAGUCUGA